GGCGUCUUUCUAAAAUUCAAAUCGCCUCUCAAUAGUCUCUAGAGAUUUUUCAACCAUUUCGGAGCUGGAUAACCCUUUAAAAAUCCAGCUAAAAUGAAAGCCUUCAAGACUUCUUGGGCCGACGAGGUCGAGGCGGACUAUGUGGACGGACUGCCGCCUUCUAGUGAGUACAUUGAGGGCGACUACAAGUACGUGACCGAGUACAAGUUCAACGAUGACGGCAAAAAGGUCAAGGUAGUGCGCACCUUCAAGAUAGAAAAGCAGGUGGUGCCCAAGGCAGUGGCCCGUCGUCGCAGCUGGGUAAAGUUCGGGGACUCGCGCCUGGACAAGCCAGGACCCAACUCACAGACGACCAUGGCCUCCGAGGAGAUCUUCAUGCUUUUUACGGGCUCCAAGGAGUUCGAGCAGACGCACGAGACCCAGAUCGAGGCUGGCAAGAAUAUAGCCAAGUGCCGUAUUUGCAAUGGCGAGCACUGGAGCGUCAACUGUCCCUACAAGGGCACCGCCAUGGACAGGAAGACCCAGAUGGAGAACAAGGCCAAUGCAGCGGCCGCUGCUGCUGUGAGUGAUCCCAACAAGUCGGGCAAGUAUGUGCCGCCCUUUAUGAAGGAGGGUGGCGGCGGCGGCAAGUCCUGGGCUCGCGAACGUGAUGAAUCCUCGGCCGUGCGCAUCUCCAAUCUGUCCGAGUCCAUGACCGAGGCCGAUCUUGAGGAGCUGGUGAAGAAAAUCGGGCCGCACACCAAGAUGUACCUGGCCCGCGAGAAGAACUCGGGCCUGUGCAAGGGCUUUGCCUACGUGCACUUUAAGUUCCGCCAGGAUGCAGCCGCAGCCAUUGAAAUCCUCAACGGUCAUGGCUACGACCACUUGAUCCUCUGCGUCGAGUGGUCCAAGCCGCAGGCAUCCUAAAGGAUUUUCCCCUUUAUACCCUUUAUAUUCUUAACUUGAAUUCGAGAACGGAAAUGAGCUGCGGUCGCAAAAGAAAUCGAAAUAAAAUACAACAUACAGUCUGGGAAAAAUAUGUCUUAAAUCGGUUUAAAAUAAAUUACUUAAAAUCACUAAAUACAAAUAAAACAUCUAUAUAGCUAAAAGUAAAAAUCCUUUCAAAAUUAUAGUACCCUUUUCAGUUCCAGAUUGAACCCUAUUUUUUCUUCAUGUGCCGAAACGAAGGAGAGAGCUUGCUUUGGGCAAAACUAAAUCCGUUAAUGCUUCGUUUUAAAUGCGAUUUUUUCGCCGUGUUCCUUCACAACCGCGCAAAGGUGAAAGCCACUUAAAUGGAAGCCAACGCAGUGCCGGAUGAUGAUGACGGGCUGGCGGUACGGAGCUGAGAAAUGCCACAGGACGCUGGCUGGACUGAAUGAACAUUAAUAAUUAAAUAUAAGAGCGGACUUAUGCGCACGAUACAGGACAGGAAACUACGAGACCAUGACCAAGGUCCUGGAGUGAGUGAGUGGAGCGGAUGGAAUAGUGGUCGCGGAAUAGAGCCGACUCCCGGAGUCCCGGCUUAGAUACACACUCACAAUUUGAAUGAGGGGCGGAUCAAAGUCGAGGCACAAAAGAAAUUUAUUCCCAUUGUUGUUGCUGUCGCGGUGGGCGGAGGAGCAGUGAAGCACCCGGCACCGGCUAAAGCCGAGUCUAAAACAAAUUACUGAAUAAUUUAUAAAUUAA